UUUAUUUAAUCGACUCUUUUCUGCGCUCCAUAUAUUCCCAAAAAUCCCUUCAUUUUUUUCUUGAUCAUCCAUAUAAACUCUUGUUGUUGUUAUUAUAUUUAUCCAUUCCUUCCUUCUUUAAAAAAAUGAAUAAUAAACAUUUAAUAUAUUUUUUAAUUAUUUUAUUUCCUUCACCUGAUUUUUUAUUUUCUUUUUUCACAGCCGGUUUUGAAUGUUUUGUAUGUAAUACUAAUUCUGAUAAUGACGACACAGAACCUUGUAUAGAAAAGAUAGAAGAAUGCCCAGCAGGACCACCUGGAACACAAAGUUGUUCAACUCUCCUUUACUUCUCUAAACGUGGAACCCCUGGGCGUCCACACAUGCGUAAAUUUUGUACAAGUCCAGGCUUGGGAAUUGGCUUGGAAAAAUAUCAAUUGAAUGAAGGAAAGAAUGUUGGAGUAUGUCAGAGUGUUGAACAAUGGUUACUUUCACAAAUUGAUCACCAAUCUCCUCCCAAUCCUGCUCCUCUAAAUUCAUUCUCAAAAAAUCAACUUCCCUUCAAAAAUCAUUUAAAACAAUCUAAAUUAAAUUUGCCAAAAAGAAUAAUAUUUAAUGAUGAUAAAUCUGAAAUUUUGGGAAGGAGGAAAAGAAGUAAUAAUAAUAAUGACAUUAUUAUUAGAGAUGGAAGUCCUUCACCUCCUCAGAGUCAUUCAUCAACACUUUUGUGUAUUUGUAAUAAACAAUUAUGCAAUGAAGGUGAUUUUGAACAAAUUUUGGAAAAUUCACAUAAUAAUAUUGGAAUAAUGAAUAAAAACAACAAAUUUAGUAUUGAAGAAGAAUAA